AUGAAUGGAGGAUAUGUAUCAGGAAUUAUUAAUUUUAAUCAAUCACAAGAUUUGUACAUCUAUAUUGGAGAAGCAGGAAAGCAAGGCUAUGAAUCAUUUAAUGCAAAUAUUAGACAAAAUCUCGAAUCACAAACGGCCGGUGGAGCGACCGAUAUUCGCCUCACAAAAUCAGAAAAUUGGUAUGAUUUUGCUUCAUUGAAAAGUAGGAUUAUGGUCGCCGCCGGUGCAGGAAGCGGAGAAAGAUUUUGUGGCGGUGAUGGAGGAGGUCUUGUAGGCCUUUCAUCAAAGAAUACCUAUUAUUCAACCACAACAACAGGAGGCACUCAAACAUCAGGUGGAUCAUAUGGAUGUCAAACUAAUAGUCCUUAUCACUGUGGUACUUCUGGAAAGUUUGGAAUAGGUGGAACCGGAGCUAUACCUGAUGAUUGGGGUCCUAACGGUGGUGGUGGAUAUUAUGGAGGAGGGGGAAUUGCUUUUGCUGGUGUUGGGAGCGGAGGCUCAAGUUUUGUGAGUGGAUAUGAAGGAUGUAAUGCUAUCGCAGAAAAUUCUACCGAAGGAAAAAUUUUCCAUAGAGGAAAACCAAUUCAUUAUUCUGGAUUAUACUUCAAUGAUAUUCUAAUGUUAAAUGGACAGCAAGUAGUUUCAUUAAAGGUAUCAAAGGGAAGUAAAGGUGAGCAGUCAUCCCAUGGAUAUGCGAUCAUCACUCCGUUGGAUUGUUUUGUCUGUUCAUGUAUUUUAAAACAUGGUUUUAAUGUACAAUUAUGUUUUUUAUUUAUAAGUUUUACUCUUUUAUCUAAUGAAUAA